AUGGCUAAGAAAGAAUUAUUUAUUAGACAAGAACAAAAAGAGUAUUUUGAUACAAAUUCAGAUGAUGAAAAAGCUAGUAAAAGCAGUAAAAAAGUUUACAAAAGAAGUGAAAAAAACAAGAGAGACAGAAAAGAUAAAAGAGAUACAUGUGGCACAGUUUAUAUUAAUUUAUCUAAAUUUCCUAAUGAAUUAAAAAUUGAAAAACCUUUAUUCUUAGACUGA